CUUAUAUAAACUUCCGUCUAACAUAUUUGGGAGUGCACAGAGAAGCCUUGAAUCUACUAAGCUACACAAUCUUUAACACCUAAUUGUUUUCUACAAGUAGCAAGAGUGUUUUCAAAAAAGUUUAAUGUGGUCUGUGCAUUUUUAUUAAAAAUCAUCAGAACUCGAUGGAAGCAAAAACUCGGGGUAGACUAUAGUGACUUCAGUUCAACAUGUGCGAUGUUUGUGCUGCUGAAAUAAACACGAUUUCCGGUGUCAGUCAGAACAAGACAGCGUGCUAAAUUGAUGAAACUUCUUAAACAUUGUAAACAAGUCACAGAGUACAUCAGCUUCUGGAAGUAGAUCUACCAUCACACCCACUGUACAGAAAUUCCUAGACAGGAUCCACGCAUCCACUCUGUAAAUUCCUGGAUCCACCACGCCUCUAGGUUUGAAAUGUUCAUUAUGAUGUCGUAUUCAACCACCACCCCCCCCCCCCCAUCCCCCAUUCCCCCGCAAACACAUAAAAAAUAAGUUUUCUUUGAGCAUAUACCGAUAUAAAUAACUGAAAUAUAGAUGAGAUUAAAUGAUUAAGAAGACUAAGUUGAUGAUAAAUACAUUUAAAAUUAAUAUUCCAAUAACUUUUUUAUUUUUAAAUGAUUCAUUAUAUGAGGCCAAACCGUAGGACCAAAACGACUUGGGGUCGAAACUAUAGGAAGCCGAAACGACAAGCAUCACUGUGACGUACAUCGAACAGACGAUAGAUCAGAGGCAGCAAAAUGAAGGAUACUUUUACCCAUUUAGAUCGAUACUGGUUCCCCGUGUAAGAAAUGAAAGUACAGGUGUGUUCAGAUGCUGUUUAUAUUGUACAAUGUGGUCUACCUGUGGAAUUAUUUAUGCCAGCGAACACGGAACGGAAAGUCUCGAAUUUUCUCCAAACCAACUUUGUACAAAUGACUACGGGUAAGUUUUUAUUUGUGUUUUACAUAGAUACAGUGGAUGAGAGGAAGAAAAAGACAAACAUGGUCAUCAGGCUACAUAAUUCCUGUUACCUUUGGGCCAGUGUUCUGGUUCCUGGUGUAAUGGGAUGCAGUAAACUAAUUGACUAAAGAAAGAAUAUAUGUGGUUCCUUGUGUAUCAAUAAAGAGUGGAAUGAUGGAGCAAAGAAAGAGUUUAUGUGGUUGUGAAUCAAGAAUAUAGACAUGGCCACAGCAAACUCCCUAUAUAGUACUCAUAAUUGUUCUAAGUGUCCGGGGGACACAGAGUACCAUUGUGUAUCGUGUCCAUGUGAUCUGUGUCCCCAGUGUAAAGAGAACCAUGUAAAAGAUCUCCAAACAAUAGACCAUGAUGUUGUGUCACACCGUGAUAAAAUCAACUACAUCCCAACACAAGUGAUCUGUGUGAGACAUCCUAGCCAUGUUUAUAUAAAGUACUGUGAACCUUGUCAAGUUCCUGUGUGUGAUUCUUGUUCAGAGGACCAAUCGCACAGAUUCAGAAGUUUUCUCUAUGGCCAAGGACAGCAUGAAAUACUGGAUAUACAAACCGCUUAUAAAACAAAGCGACAACAACACAGAGGAACCAUUCACACCAUCAGAAGUGAGGCUCUCUUUUACAGACCUGUUCUCCUGCCACGAAUAAAAGCUGAUUUCAAAACCUGUCACACAGAAUUCUCCCUCUAUCAAUCAGAGAUGUUAACAAAAGCCUCGAAACUGAAAAAUCUCAUAAACAAAGUGAGAAAAGAUUUCAUGUACAAUGUGUUUUGUGACUUUGAUUUCAAACACAGAUGUUUAAAACAGACGAUAGAAAUGAGCAGACAUAUUGUCAGCCUUCAGGAAUAUGAACUCAGAUAUGUACAGCCAGAAUUCACAUUCAGUGCACUACAAUUCCUCUCAUUCACAAAGACAGCCCUCCCCCAGAUAAAUCUUACACUCCACACCAGCCAGCUCUCCAUGACUGAGUCACUCAACAAGGAGGAUGUGAUGGAGUCACUGAGUGCAAUCCAAAUCACAGAGAGAGGAAACCGACGCGUAGGAAACCAGUGUCUGCUGAAACUGACGUCUGGUGCUGAGUUCCAUCAAUCUCUCACAGUGACAGGUGUUGAUUGUUGUUAUCACAUUUCCUGUGUGACAUCAGACCGGGUCUGGGUCAGUAAUUGGAACAAACUCAUGUUGAUAGACACAACAGGUGUCCCUCUACAUCGUGUGGAGGAUUCAUGUCGUGGUUUAUAUGUUGGUAAAGGAUUACACACAGUGAACAGUGAGAGUGAACUGAUUUAUAUAGAUGAGGAUUAUAACAUCAACAAACUGUCAAAGGAUAUGAAAACAACCACCACAUUUAUAGAGAGAACAGACUCUACAUGGGUACCAUGGUGUGUGUACUGGUCCCCGUCCACUGGGGAUCUACUGGUCGGGAUGUAUAACAAUUAUACAAAGACAGGCAAGGUAACCCGGUACAACCAGAGUGGACAACUCACACAAACCAUACAGAACGACAACACAGGUAUGGGACUGUAUAGAGAACCUAACUAUAUAACAGAGAACAACAAUGGGGAUGUCGUGGUGUCUGACUCAUACAGUGCUGUAGUGGUGACAGAGCGUGGAGGAAGACAUCGUUUCUCCUACACAGGACCUCCAUCAGGAUCACGACUACGACCACAUGGAAUCUGUACUGACGCGCUGUCACACAUCCUGGUGUGUGAUGGUAGAACCAAAACAGUACAGAUGUUGGACGGGGACGGUCAGUUCCUGUCACAUCUACUGAUAAGACCAUCAGGGAUAUUCUCACCAUACAGCCUGAGUUAUGAUGUCAUCACUCACCGUCUCUGGGUCGGAUCAGGAACACCGUACAACAACACGGUGGUUAUAUACAGGUAUAUCACCAGACAGGACGCUCUGACAGAUCUGAAUCCAGCCACUGCUGAUGUGAUGGAGUCACUGAGUGAAAUCCCAACCCCAGGGACAGAAAAACCACAGCAAGGAAACCAGUGUCUGCUGAAACUGAUGUCUCCCCCCGAGUUACUUCCCUCUCUCACACUGACAGGUGUUGGUGAUUGUUAUCACAUUUUCUGUGUGACAUCAGACCGGGUCUGGGUCAGUGAUAGAGAAAACAAUCUCAUGUUGACAGACACAACAGGUGUCCCUCUACAUCGUGUGGAGGAUUCAUUGAGUGGUUUAUAUGUAUAUAGAGGAUUACACACAGUGAACAGUGAGAGUGAACUGAUUUAUAUAGAUAGGAAUUAUAACAUCAACAAACUGUCAAAGGAUAUGAAAACAACCACCACAUUUAUAAAGAGAACAGACACUACAUGGGUACCACAGUGUGUGUACUGGUCCCCGUCCACUGGGGAUCUACUGGUCGGGAUGUAUAACUAUGAUACAGAGACAGGCAAGGUAACCCGGUACAACCAAAGUGGACAACUCACACAAACCAUACAGAACGACAAUACAGGUCUGGGACUGUAUAGAAAACCUAACUAUAUAACAGAGAACAACAAUGGGGAUGUCUUGGUGUCUGACUAUGGUGCUGUAGUGGUGACAGAGCGUGGAGGAAGACAUCGUUUCUCCUACACAGGACAUCCAUCAGGAUCAGUACUAGAGCCACGUGGAAUCUGUACUGACCCGCUGUCACACAUCCUGGUGUGUGAUGAUACAACCAAAACAGUACAGAUGUUAGACAGGGACGGUCAGUUCCUGUCACAUCUACUGAUAAGACCAUCAGGGAUAUUCACACCACGGAGCCUGAGUUAUGAUGUCAACACUCACCGUCUCUGGGUCGGAUCACGGAACAACAACACGGUGGUUAUAUACAGGUAUAUCACCAGACAGGACGCUCUGACAGAUGAACACACAGCCCCUGUCCUGAUGGGGACGCCUUAUUCAGCUCAACACCAGCCGUAGAAUGGAGAUAGCUGGGAUAUUGACAGAUGGGCCAAUUUUACCUGACCAUGAGGGGAGAAAAUAGAACACCUUCCUUGAAAUCCUUACAGAGGAAGACAGAAAACAGACAUUGGCUACGUAGACCACUCACUGCAAUAUGACGUCAUUAUCUUCAAGUACGCACUGACCCGAGUCACUCAUGUCGCCUAUUACAAUUUGUCUUUAUCUGUCAUCGUGUGGUGUGUGUCAUGCGUCUAUCCUUUACAAUUUUACAUGUUGAACUUCUUCUUGAAAACUACACGGCCAAUUGUUACCAUAUUUGAUGUGAAACAUUGCUACAAUAAGAAGAAUUUAGAUUGAAUAUAACUGGAUAUUCCGCUGAGUGACCGAUGUCUGGACUUGUUUUAAAUAACGCGCCAUUAUUUGAACCUGUGUUCUGUGUACAUGAACUAUACAGUAAUUACUUAUUAUUCUGUCUUAUCAUUUUAUCUCACAGUAUGUUAUGUGUUUAAAAUAGUAAUUUGUCAUUUUACAUUGAUAUCAAUUGUUUGAACCGAGUUUUCCAAAGGAGAAAUCCAGUUAUUGAAAUGGUGAAAGGGGCACGCCGGCGGGCAGCUGCGAGAAGGGUACCCCUAUUGUACUGCAAAUCAAUUGUACAUAUAUAAGAGAUGUGCAUAUAACUUGGUUUUUAUUGUUGUUGUAUAUUUAUAUAAAAAAAAAUAUCAGCUGUUGAACUUGGUCAAUUUUACGCAGAAUAUUGCAUAUAGGGUACCCCCAUUGUACGGAUAACUCUUCAUAACUCUUCAUACAGUUUUUAAGAUAGGUAGUUGUUGUCUUGUAGAUCAAUUGUACAUAUAUCAGAGAUGUGCAUGUAACUUGGAUUUAUAUUUUGAUUAUUUAUGUGUACAUAAACUCUACAGUAAUUAGUUUUUAUACUCCCUUACAUGGCUUAUCCAUUAUAUCUUGGUAUGAGUGUAGUAAAUUCUCACCUGACAGUGUGUAUUUAAUUCUUUUGAAUGCUUUUAUAAUACCCUGUAAUUUAGUGAUGGGAAAAAGAUGUUACUUAAAAUUGGGGCUUAUAUCUGAGGAUUUUUUAUUUUUCCUAUUUGCAAAGAAUAAAUUUUGUUUAUUGAUUAAACAUCAUAUUCAAAGGGGAGUAACUCAAAUUUGAGUUCUUCAAUUACAAACGAAUAAAGAGUUAUUCCCCUUUUUGUAAUAUUUUUUAGAUAAAGUUCAUCUUAAAACUGGUUAUUGACCCCUGACGUGUUUUUCUCUGAAAGUUAAUUGAAUAUCAGUAAAUAUAAUUAUAAGAUUUUUAAAAAU